GUUGAGGCAGACGGCGGUAAAGCGCACCCGCGUGCGCGCGCUUUUGGUAGCAGACGAUCGUCCUUUCCAAAUUCGCCAUAUUCAGUUUUGAACGGACCAAUGAAAACAAAUUAAUAACAGUGAUUGUGAGUUUUUGCGAGAAAAUAAUUCAGUAGGACAUCACAAUCAAAUUUUGUGCAGACAUCAGUUUGCGAAAAAACCGUUUGUUAGCAGACGGAACACAGCUUCUGUUCGUUGUUCGCCAUCACGCGCGGAGAGCCGUGCUCUCCGCUAGUAUUAUUUACCUAGGAAAUCAUACAUUGCCGUGUAACCAUCCUGUCAGCUAACCUUUUUGUCGAAAGCAACUUCCUCGUUCCAUUUGCGUUAACAACACUUCGAUUGCCGUACGCCCGCGCGAAAACGACGACGAUCUCGAGAUGGACGACGCUCCGGAAGAAAGGACCAUGCCUGAGGUCACGCAAACCCCGGAAAGACAAGAGGGGGAUCAAGUGCCUCCAGGAGCUCCCAGGAAAACCAAACAUCAGAGAGAGCCACAGCGUAACCUCCGGCCCAGAAAGCUAAGAUACGACACGGACAUGAACCAAGAAAGUCCCACCAGCGCGUCAAAGGAAGAGUUGUACGGCCUGCUGGAAGCCCGCAUCAACAACAGCGAGGGCACAUGGGUGCAGUGCUGCGAAGCAAAGUGCAACAAAUGGCGCUACCUCCACAACGUCCUCGACCCCAACGAAGUGCCCGACGAGUGGUACUGCUUCAUGAACAAGGACACCCAGUACAACAGCUGUGCAGCGGCAGAGCAGGACAUGUCCCAAGAAGAGUUCGUAGAUGUCAAGUUCUUUGUCGGCUCCAUCGUCUGGGCCAAGCUGGGCUCAUACCCCUGGUGGCCUGCCAUGAUUGACGAUGACCCCGACGGUUGCCUCUACUUCUGCAAUGAAGACCCUUACGACGAGGAUCGUGUGACGCACUACCACGUUACCUUCCUGGACAAGAAUGUGACCCGUGCCUGGGUUCGAGAGGAUCGCUGCGUGCCAUUUUGUCCGGAAGGCGUGCCAGGGAACAAGGUUCCCAAGAAAUACGAGAGAGCUUUCAACGAUGCCCUUGAGAGGGCAAAGCUCGCAGUCAAACUCCCCCUUCCGGAACGGAUACCGGAGUACUGCUUUAUCAACAACUACCCUCCCUUACAAAGUGAAUUUCUGCGAUGGACACAGACUAAAUCCAAGCAGCCCAGGAAGAAGUCAUCGAAAUGCAAGACCACCACUCAGCCAUUGACCAGUGACAUGCCGCCAGUCAAGCGUCCCAGGGGCAGACCACCAAAGGUGCAGACCACUACUCAAGAGACGAUGCAGCAAAUGCAGUCAGCAAGUGCAGCGACUAACAGCCAUGGAAGAGGAUCCAAGCCGGCAUUUAAGGGAGCCAAAGAAAGGGCAGCAGCUUCUAAAAGUGACCUAAGGCCAAAUAACCAGUCAGCCACCGAAACCAUAAAAAAAAUGCAGAAGAGGAAAGACGCCGGGGCUCACCAGAAGACCGUGCAAUGCCAGGAGCAGACGAAGAGUGCACUGGGUGCAACUGCCAUCGUUCAACAACAUCCGCAAUUGGCGACUGCAGCAGUGCUUCAAAAUUUGCCUUCAGCGCAACCUCAGAUCGAAGAGGAGGCAGCCAUUUCUGUCCCCAUUCCAAACGAAGCUUUAAAUCCGAAUCUCGUCCACUGUUUAUCUGCGGUUCAAGCAAACUGUUCCCCAAACAAGGAUCAGGAACCAAGGAUGCAUCUGGAAGCUGAAAAACAAGAACCAGCAAGCUGGAUACAAGCCAGCCAGGUUAAAGUUGAAGUCGACAUUUUGCCACUGUUUCAGAGGUUACGUGCAGCAACUGAGGAAUAUGGUGCACUGGGACAACUGAAGCCGGCGACCGGAGCUUCUGCAACAAAGUUACCGAAACGGACACCAGUCUUGUUCGAGACUCCGCUCUUGUUCUCGAAAGAGGAGAGCCAAAAAAGCUUGGAAGGCAUCGUGGACAUGAAUUCCAUCAUUCAGUUUCUAGGUGACGACAUUGAAAAAAAUUGUCAUUCCGAAGACGGGACCUGCCAGACAGACACCAAAACUGAAAUCAUCCCAGCUUCAGUUGCAACAGCGAGCGGAGAGCUGCUUUCACAACUGAGGCCGAAAGAGUCGACAUUGGCGUCGGUGCAACCGUUUGGCGAGGCGUCUCACAGUGAACAGAGCAACACUACAACGAGCAGCCGAAUGCAGAGUGGUACUGAUCUCAUGCCAGAGGUUUCUCCUAUGAAACAGGUAAAACAAGAGGUCCCAAAAUACUACAAAGAAAAAGCAGCUUUCAAAGAAGACAAAAGCACGACUUGGAACAAGGCGAAGAGAGAAAUAAAUGGCAAGUCACAGAAACCGAAGAAUCCGGGUGCCAAGGAGCCAGUCGUAGACGUUGUUGCACAACUUUUAAACGAUGCCGCAGCACCUGCAAAAUCAGCUAAAGGUCCGGCAGAGAGAGCUAGCAAGGCGACGGCAUCAGUAAGACAUACUGUGAUACCCACGAGGGCAUUUGACAAAGUGGCGGCCGAGGUGCCGGCAAGACCAGCCACGAUACCAGUGAGCGGCACUUUCAAAGCGGCAACGGUUUUACCGCCGAAACACGUUGUCACGAUACCAGCGAUGGCACUACCUCUAAAGGAAGCCGUGGCACUGGAAAAACCGGCUGCCAAAACGGGACGCGCCGCCAAGCAGGCCACACAUAAAGCACCCCAUCAAAAGAGACUGUUCAAGGUCCCGACAAAGGAAUCGGCGACAACGCCGCCCGAAGGCUUCGCAGCAUCAGAAGGGAUGCCAAGCGCAAGGACAAACUCCGACAAAGAUCAGCUGACCUCUAGCAGAUCGUGGACGACACUUUUGGAAGAUAGCGACUUUGACGCCUUGUCUGACCUAAGCUUGACGUUCGAAAACAGCCUGUCGAGCGCCUCCCAGAACAUGGAAAAGGAUUGCGACAGCGAUUUCGCAAGCCUCGCAUCGAUGGACUGUUCGCAGGCCUUCGGCGAUGAAGAAUAACUCGUCGAAUUCCACGUGCGACCUCUCGUUCAAAGCAUCUGGUGCUGGGAAGGCCACCCCAAGCACAUGGUUGCAGUGCCACAUUUGGUCUGCCUUCAAUUUUAGUAUGUAAAAACUCCAUAACUGUUGUGACGCGAAUCUGUUAGACCAAGAAUGUUUGUUUGACGCUUGCACUUCCAGCAGCAACUUUUUAUUGUAAAACUCACCCAACCAAGAAGGAAAAAAAAAAAAAAAAUCUUGCCCCAAUAAAAAAAAAU